AUGCCGUACAUUAUAGUACGGGGUAACCUAGCGGCUUACGGUCAAAGAUUUCCAUGGCGAGUUUUAGUUUCUGGCUUGAAAACUGACGAUAUAGAACAGUUGAAACGAUUCGCAUCGGGUGGAUAUUGUGAUGACACGACUAUAGUGUACAUGGUACAUCCCUGUGUUAUGUUAACAGCGUUAGAAGUUUUAGGUUACAGAGUAGUCGCUUCAUCAUCUACCAGUGUAAAACAAGAUUAUAAUGAAUAUAUGUGGACUAUGAGAAAAGAUUUUUCUGAACCAGAGCCCAUAAGUAACGAAAAGUUGACUGAUUAUAAAAUAGAACAUAAAUUGUCUGCCCCAGAAGAAGUAUAA